CUCCUGUGUAUGAUUCACCCUACACACACACACACACACCACACUCGGCAAUGUCGCUCCCUCGCGGGACGUGAGCAAUGGGAAGUACACACACACUUGGUCUGUAUCAGUGAAGGUUUGAACGCAUCUCUGUCUGUGUGCAGCUUUAUUCCGCUGAAGGAAACGAGGCUUCAUUGGGAAUAUUUUCCCGGCAGGCUGGAAAGCUGACGCUGAGCCGCUCACCAGCUGCUCUCUCCCAAGUAAAUGGGGACCAUGAAAUGCCACUGCAACUGAGAAUUCAACUUCUCAAGGGGUAUUCUUCUCAAAUCUGAAGAAGUCUGAAGAAGGUCCUGAUGAAGAUUCAGCUCUACUGGAAACUUUUGGAGUCUUAGGCCACAGUAUGGUGAAUGCCAUUCUUUCUCCUUGAAGUGACUCCAUUACUGCUAUAUUGGAUGCAGUUGAAAAAGCAGAAAAGGAAAAAAUAUGCUUUCUCUUGCCCCAGUGGAUUAACUUAAUUGUGAAGAGAUGAAAGAGUGAAUAGGUUUGAAAAGCUGUCUUGCUCUGAGACAAUACAAGUGGAUAAAAGAAAGCAAAAAAGUUGGAGUUUGUGCCAUCAUUUCCUGGGUGGCCUAGUUGGUCAAGAUGACCAGUCUGUUUCGGCGGAGCAGCAAUGGUGGCUCUCGUGGAGGAGGAGGGGCAGGAGGAGGAGGAGGAGCAGGUGGAGGAGGUGGAGGAGGUGGAGGUUCGGCCACGGGAGAACUGAACAACAGCAGGCCUAACCGACAGGUGCGGCGGCUGGAGUUCAACCAGGCCAUGGAAGACUUUAAGACCAUGUUUCCCAGCAUGGACUAUGACGUGAUCGAGUGUGUGCUGCGCUCCAACAACGGGGCUGUAGAUGCCACCAUUGACCAGCUUCUGCAGAUGAGCAUUGAUGACAACGGCUCAGAUGACAGCUCAGACUCUGAUGACAGCAUCCCACCUGAGAUUCUGGAGAGGACCCUCGAACCAGACAGCUCAGACGAAGAGCCACCUCCAGUCUACUCUCCACCCACAUAUGACAUGCACAUAUAUGACAGGCAAUAUCCCAAUGCCCCGCCCACUCCUCCCCCUAGGUUUGAAGUGCAGCCCUCAGUGGGACAGCAGCACACGCGGAGUUACAGGAACUGGAACCCUCCGUUACUUGGCAACCUGCCUGAUGACUUCCUUCGAAUCUUGCCGCAGCAGUCAGACAGUAUACAGAGCUCUCAAAGCAGCAUGCGUGAGCCAUCGUCCUCCCUGGCAUCACUGCCUCAGCGGGCUGCCUGUGUUGCCGGAGCAUCUGGAGCCUCUGAGCAGGAACGCAAGCUCAAACAGUACCUGGAAGAUGAGCGCAUCGCUCUCUUCCUCCAGAACGAGGAGUUCAUGAAGGAGCUGCAGCGCAAUCGCGAGUUUCUCGUCGCACUGGAGCGAGAUCGCCUGAAAUAUGAAUCAAAGAAAUCUAGGUCAGCUGGUAACUCUACAGGUGUCCACUACACUCCUGGAUCAUUCGAGGCUUGCACAGUAGUGUCAGAUGAUGCUCUGUUCAGAGACAAACUAAAGCAUAUGGGAAAAUCAACCAGGAAGAAACUGUUUGAGAUUGCCAAAGGGUUUUCAGAAAAGACAAAACGAAGAAAGGCCAAAAGAAGGACCCUCCUGAGACAUCAUUCACUGGGCACUGCCAACUCCACUGCCAAUCUACUGGAUGAUGUGGAAGGAAACCCCUGCGAGGAGGAGAGUCAGCUCAGAAGAUUGGCCAUGCAGGAAGAGGAGCGGCCCCACCGGGAAGCACUUUCAUGAUCCCUCCUGCCACCUGAUAUAUUUAAAGUAUCCGUGGUGAAAGCAGAGUAAGCCGUGCCAGACUGCCUUGUGGCUCUGUGGUUCCAUGAUGAUGGUGCGAGCCAGUCAUCCCCAGCUCCGCCCACACAGUCUCCACUCACACAGGUUUCCCUAGUCACAGAAAGGGACUAGAAUUCUAAAGCAGCAUUGUAACAAGUCUAUGAUUAUUGUUAUCUGCAGUAUAUUAACUGUAUAGUAACCCUUCGUUAAUAUAUGAUUUCAUAUGUAAAACUGAACAAAUACAGUAUUAAAUUUCUGUCUUCCCUGUAUAAUGGUUAAAAAAAUUUCAAUUUGUGCUAGCUACUUUAGAUGUAUUCUUCCUUUGAUUAUUUAUGGUUUAAGAAGAAUUUGGCUUGUUACAUAUAAUUUUUAUAUCUUUGCAAAAUAUUUAUAUUUCUUCAAACAUACAGGUUGACUAACCUGAUGGUUAUAUAACAUUGGAAAGUUUUCUACGAUGUCGAAGAAUCCAAUCCUUUAAUUAUACAAAAGGUCACCGCAUUUGCUUCUGUAAUCCAUUUGUAGUAACACCAAAAUGCCUUUUACAAUCUGUACUCCAUUCUGUCUGACUACAAUAUACCAAGGCAAAAAAGUUCAAACUAAAUGUUUUAUGAUGAUGAUGAUGAUGAUGAUAUGCCUCUGUCAUGUGCCGAACGAAUAGCCAAUUCAGCCUGUGAAAGUGCCCUUUUAUCCAGUAGGCAUGAACUUGUCCAGAUUCUCUACUUGUCCAGAGCCGAAGCAUUCUCUUGCAUAGCCAAAUGAUGUUACAGUGCUAAAAUAAUUCUUAUUGUCAAAAUGUAAUGCUAGAGUUUUUCAGAUGAAUAUGAGAAAGGGCAGCAAUCUGUGAAUGGACUUCUACUUGCACUGCAACUUGCAUUUCAUAAUCCUGUUAUGAUUCUUUUGUAGUUUUCCUACAGGAAAGCUAACUUUAAAAAAAAAAAAAAAAAAAAGCCAGUAUUAAUAUGAUUUUAGCCAGUAAUGCUUUUUCUAGCCUGUUGUGUUUAGGAUCACCUGACUAUAUUGAGGAGUUAGGUGGACAGAACAGGUUGAAAGAUACCAUCAUGUUAGUUUAACAUGUUGUUGAUAUUUGACUAGAUAAUUUUAAUUCUGUUUCAAGCGGUGUGAUUUUAUUGCAAGGGAAGAUUAUGAGAAUGUGACCUUCUACAGUUAGUGUGUAUUUUAGUCGAUGUUUGCAUAGCAGGUUCUCUGUGUUCUCUAUUAAGUCAUUGGGUUUCUGUGAGUAGAAUCACAGGAAUACAAUAAAUUGUAUUUUUGUGCUAUUAUGCAAUGGACUCUUAGUAAAUAUAACAAAGUAUCUCUUGGGUUUUUAAGCAGAGAGCAUUUUUCUAAACACUGUUUGGACCUUUAUUCUAUUAUUACUGGUUCUAAAUAGCAGGUUUUUCCAAGUCCAGCCAUAGGAGGCAUUGCACAGUCCAACGUUUACCAUGUUCUUUACACUCUCAAGUUUCCUUUCAUUGGAUAUGAGUUAAUAAACUACUCAUAUGACUCCAAAUCAUAUGAACAGAAAUCCUAUGUGAUACUUAACAUGUUGGAAUAUCCAAUACCUCUUAUGUAAAAUAGAGGUGGGAGACUAUGAAAAAUUCCCUUUGACAUUUUCUAACUUUCUUUGAGAUAUUUUCAAAAAGGAGAGUAUUAAAUUAUAUAAAUUAAUUAUUUUGUUUGUUUGGUUAGGGACACAUUACAUUUCUUUAAAAAGUCAUUUAAAUGAUUGCUCUUAGCCUUCAUCACUUUAUUACUAUUAAAAUUGUUUUCUCUGAUUUUUUGUUUUUACCUCAGAAAUUUGGCUUUUUAAAAGCAGGCCAUCCUGUUUUAAAACUCUCGUAGCAUUCUACUUGUGUGUUACUCUUCACUGUGUGACCAUACAUUCACAUAAAUUCAGUUCAUCUCCCAUAUGAUCUAUUCACACUAACAUAUUUAAUCUCUCAGGGAACUUGCUCUCACUUAACCAUUUUGGUACAAGCACAGCUUGAAUGGACAUAAAAAUCAAUAGUAAAAACAGCAGUUUGAAAGCUUAAUGUAGCAUGGUCAGAUAUGCUUCAUAACGCAAUAAAAACUUCUAACCAAAAGAUUUUUUUAAAUAUAAUGUCAGUAUUUAAGGAUUUUUUUUUUUGUCCUCUAAGAUGUUCUUUUCCUUUUCCUUUUGAUAUGUUCUUGAAUUCAGGCCUAAAUUCUCACCAAAGUUACCUUUGGUCUUCAUAAAGGGUGAAGUUAGGUUGAAUUUACUUUACAGGGUGGUGAAAGUUGUGCAGUAAUGCAUGGUGUAAUGAUCAAUACAGUGUACUCUUCGAAUGUUAGAUUAGAUGGAAUAUUUUCUUAAUGUUAAAUUGGGUUAGUAAAUUGAAUUUGUAACAUAAAGUGGUUAUUAUUAUUAUUAUUAUUAUUAUUAUUAUUAUGGGAGAGAAUUACGUUUAUUUCUAAGACUAUGACUGUAUUUGCCCCACUAAUAAGUGUAAUGGUUCUGUAACCCAUCAUAAUCCCAACACUGUCUCUGGAUCUAAAGUUUUCUUACAAUCCUGUUACCUUUAUUAGUUAUUUAAAAGGAAUAAAAUUGUUAUAUGUUG